AUGCUCGCUGGGAAGAAAUUUCGAUCGGAUGAGGAGGUCAUCGCCGAAACUGAUGCGUAUUUUGAGGGUCAGCCAAAAUCGUUCUACAAAACCGGCAUCGAACGUUUGGAAAGGCGUUGGACUGAUUACUCGAGUUUGAUCUUGUUGCUCCAUGACUUGCAUAAUCAAUUUGGUCAUUUAUUAGUUCUGUUCGAACCACGUGGCGUUUCACUUUUCUUCGGAAAGGAAAUAAGAUUUUUUUCGCAAAUCGUCCACUCUUUGUGCACAGUGACAAUAAUGGAUUCUCACAAAAAAUGGCGAUUCACAGCAGAAGAGCUAGAUAGAUUAAGAUCGAAAAGAGAGAAAUGGCAUCGUGAUCAAGAGCGUUUGAUAAAGUAUGAAAAACUAAGAUCAAGGAAGAUUAAUGAGUAUGAAGAAAGAAGGAAACAAGCUAAAUUAAUGAAAAACUCUGACAAACAAGAAUUUUUACAGCAUAGCAAGAACAAUAAUCCACAUCGAAGAAAAACUAGUUCCCCUAACUAUGGGCAAGAGAGGAAAACAUCAGUGAUAUUUAACAGCCCAGAAAGUAUAAUUGAUAUGAAAAAACUUAAGGUAACUAUUAAAGCAGACAAUCUUUCAACAAAUUAUCAGACUACAUCAAAUAACAUCGAAUGUGAUUCAAAACAUGACAUAAUUCUUCCACGAAGACAAGAUGAAGGUGCAUGUCCAAUAUUCAAACAUAUUGAAAUAAAAAAAUCUGAAGAAAUACGGAAAAUCACUUUCUCACAAGAUGAACAAUUGGAGAAGGAAUUGUCAACAAGGAAGAACGCUUCCACAAACAGAAGUCAUAAUGAUGAUAUAAUCCACCAUUAUUGCUCAUACAAGUCAACUAUGAGCCGAAUAGAUAACAAUCGCGACAGAAGGCGAUAUAAGGAAACAAGGGAAAGCAAAGAGAAAGAUAGAGGUAGAAAUGAAAGAAAUUCGUUACAUCAUCAUAGUGCAUCUUUCAGAUCGAGAUCUCAUUACAGAAAUAGAAGUUGUUCACUAACCAGUGAACGAGAUAGAGAAAGGGAGAGCAAUAUAAUAACUGAAUUCCCGAAAAAAAAUUAUUUUGAUCUUCCCUCGGAUAGCUCCUACAUAAAUUCCUACCGUUUAUCUAGACCUAUGCUGAUGCCGAUGCCUCGAAUACCAGCACCACCUAUGCUUAUGCCUGUUUUUCCAGGACCCGUACUUCCUAUGCCAUUUCCACCGACGAAUAUAUAUCAUCAACCUUAUCUCAGAUUUGUCAAUGGCAGAGGAAUUGGAAUCCACAAUAAUCGAUAUAAUGCUCAAAAACACUUUUAAUAAUAUUUUUAAUAAUGGAUGAACAUUC